AUGACUGUGGCACAGGCGCUGGGCACCGAAGGCAGAAGAGGUUACACCAACAGCUGGGAGGAGGCUCUGUGGGCUGCUCAGCUGGGCAAAGACAGGCACCAAGGCAAAAGUGGAGUACCUGCACGCCCUGUUGGAGUGCCGCGAGCUGCUAAAGGGCGGGAAAGGCAGUUGAAGAGAGGCGCGAGCGGCUACUCACUCCAUGGCUGUGGAAAGGAGAGGCGGCGGCUGCCUCGAUUGAAGAAAGACGGUGGAAGCGGAGAGCGUUGGCGCGCCCUGCGCCUCCUCACCCUUGUGCCACUCCUCCUCAGUCUGGCAGCCUCCCUGGACUGGAAGGUGGCCUUCAGCCAGGACCCCUUUGAGAAAUGCAUGCACGAUCCUGACUACGAGCAGCUGCUCAAGGUGGUGACCUUGGGCCUCAAUCGGACCUUGAAGCCCCAGAAAGUGAUUGUAGUUGGUGCUGGCGUGGCUGGGCUGGUGGCYGCCAAGGUGCUCGGCAAUGCUGGACACAAGGUCACCAUCCUGGAGGCAGAUAAUAGAAUUGGGGGCCGCAUCCUUACCUUCCGGGACCGGAAGACAGGCUGGAUYGGGGAGCUGGGAGCUAUGCGCAUGCCCAACUCCCACAGGAUCCUUCAGGAGCUUUGCAAGAGCCUAGGACUCAAUCUGACAAAAUUUACCCAAUAUGAUGAGAACACAUGGACAGAAGUGAAUGACAUGAAGCUGCGGAACUACGYGGUAGAGAAGAUGCCCGAGAAGCUGGGUUACAACCUGCGCUCCAAGGAGAAGGGUCAUUCACCUGAAGAAAUCUACCAGAUGGCUCUCCACAAAGCCCUCAAAGAAGUCAUGGUGCUGGGCUGCAGAAAGGCAAUGAAGAGAUUUGACAGGCUCACGCUUCUGGAAUACCUCGUUUGGGAAAGCAACCUGAGCCAGUCUGCCGUGGAGCUUCUGGGAGACGUGAUGUCCAAGGACGGAUUUUUCCACCUCAGCUUCACUGAGGCCUUGCGGGCGCACAGCUGUCUCAGCGAUCGGCUCCGGUACAGCCGCAUCGUGGGCGGCUGGGACCUGCUGCCGCUUGCGCUAUUGAGCUCGCUGUCCGGGCCAGUGCUGCUGAACGCUCCGGUCAUAGCGAUAACUCAGAGCAUGCAAGAAGUGCGCGUGCACAUUGCGACCUCGCACACGUCGCGGAAUCCGAAGGCACUGACAGCAGAUGUAGUGCUACUGACCGCAAGCGGGCCCGCGCUGCAGCGUAUCGCCUUCUCACCGCCGCUGUCGCGCAAGCGACAGGAGGCGCUGCGCCAACUACACUAUGUGCCGGCCACCAAAGUGUUCCUAAACUUCCGUCGGGCCUUCUGGCGUGACGAGCGUAUUGAAGGCGGCCAUUCGAACACCGAUCGCCCAUCGCGUCAGAUAUUCUACCCGGCACCAGAUGAGGGCGCGCUGCUGCUGGCCUCCUACACGUGGGCAGACUCUGCGGCUGUGUUCUCUGGCCUUAGCCCGAAUGAUGCGAUGCGCUUGGCACUCAACGAUUUGGCGACGCUGCACGGGCCGCUUGUGUACCGGCUCUGGGACGGCAGCGGUGUCGUUAAGCGCUGGGAGGAUGACCCACAUAGCCAGGGUGGCUUCGUGGUGCAGCCRCCGUUUCUCUGGCAAACUGACCAGGACAAUGGGCAGGACUUCGACUGGGUGGUCCCCUACGGCCGCAUCUACUUCGCCGGGGAGCACACUGCCCACCCACAUGGCUGGGUGGAGACAGCCGUCAAGUCGGCUCUGCGGGUUGCCAUAAAAAUCAACACCCGGGAAUGGCCUGGGCCUGUGGAUAAGGGCAAAGAAGGGCGUGUGGAGAUGCAUGUAGUAAGGGUCCAUGAGGGGCACGUGGAGGGGCACGUGGACCACGAGCACCACGUGGACCACGAGCACCACGUGGACCASGAGCACCACGUGGACCAGGAGCACCACGUGGACCASGAGCACCACGUGGACCACGAGCACCACGUGGACCACGAGCACCACGUGGACCACGAGCACCACGUGGACCAGCAGCAGCCACAGCCGCCACAGCAGCAGCCACAGCCGCCACAGCAGCAGCCGCAGCCACCACCACGGCCGCAGCCACAGCCGCAGCCGCAGCCACAGUCGCAGCCGCAGCGCGUGGACCAGCAGGAGCCUCCAGAGCUGCACGUGGUCCAUGAGACACACGUGGAUGUGGUCCACGAGAGGCAGGGAGAUGUCCAGGAGGAAGCCAGCUAUCCCCCGUGCAGAGAGGGAAAAGGAGAACCCACCCAUGGUGCWGCCCAUCAGCUCCCAUCUGUCCAGCACACCGACCACCUUAGCGGCUUGAAUUAA